AAUUCACAUAUUUAUUUAUUUAUUUACUUCCUGCGUGAGGAGUUUCUCGGUGUCCUGGUGACAGAACGCGUUCCAGCACGGGCAGCGAUCCGAGCCGGGCUGCGGCACGGCCGGGAUGCGAUGGGAGUGAGCGACAGCAGCCCAGAAUAACCACGAGAUUUAAAAAAAAAAAAUUGACCUUGUUUCUGUGAAAGAAUAGAAAAGUGAGGAAGCAGAGCUGCUGUCAAAUGCUGAGUGGGGAAAAAUGUCAAAACAUACCAGGAUGGAGUCAAACACUUUGCUCUGUGUGGUGGAAACAAGGGAAAUUCUCCAGGGAAUCCUUUUGUCACCUCAGCAGGCGCUGGCAUCAAGCCUGGUGCAGUUCACAACUGGAAAAUAGCUCUGCUUUUGAACUGGCUUAAGAUUUCCAAUUUUGCAUCCUAGUCUGGCAACUCUUGAGUUACAAUUACAUCCUGUUAUAUCAAGCAAAGGUGAAAAAACAAAUAAUUUUCUUUUUCAGGCUUAAAUACCUGUGAACAAAGAUGUCAAUUGUCACAGUGCAGCUUGGGCAGUGUGGGAACCAGAUUGGGCACGAGGUGUUCAGUGCUCUCUGCAGUGACAUCCGUGGCACCCAUGGGCUGUGCUCCAAGAAGGAGAAUGAAUCCUACCAAGAUUCCUGCAAGGAAAGGUUCUUCUGUGAGGAGGAAUCUGGAGUACCUGUUGCCCGGGCUGUGCUUGUUGACAUGGAGCCCAAAGUGAUCAGCCAGACCUUAUCCAUGGCUGCCAGGUCUGGCCACUGGAAGUACAGCAACCACUCUCACUUCUGCCAGAAGCAAGGAUCUGGGAACAACUGGGCCAACGGUUACUCUGUUCAUGGGCCCAGGCACAAAGAAGCAAUCAUGAAUCUGGUGCAGAAAGAAGCAGAGAAAUGUGAGCGGCUCGGGGGAUUCCUCACAAUCAUGAGCAUGGCUGGGGGCACAGGAUCAGGCCUGGGAGCAUUUGUGACCCAGUGUUUGAGGGAUGCUUUCCCAACCUCAUUCAUACUGAACCACGUGGUCUGGCCCUAUGGCACUGGGGAGGUCAUUGUUCAAAACUACAACUCUGUUUUGACUCUGUCACAUCUGUACCACUCAUCAGAUGCCCUUCUUGUCCAUGAAAAUGAUGUGAUCCACAAGAUCUGUGCCCAGCUGAUGAACAUCAAACAGAUUUCCUUCAGGGAUGUCAAUCAAGUCAUUGCUCACCAGCUGGGCAGCGUUUUCCAGCCCGCUCACACAGCAGGAGGGGGCUCAGGCUACAGCAGGAACCCAUUAGGAGAUUUGAUGGAGGCCUUGGUCCCACACCCCGAGUUCAGGAUGCUGGGCCUGCGCAACAUCCCCCAGAUGCCCGAGAGCUCCCUGCCCUACAGCACCUUCAGCUGGCCUGGCCUCAUCAAGCACCUCAGGCAGAUGCUCAUUGCUAAUGCUCAGAUGGAGGAAGGUAUUGAUUGGCAAGUACGACCACCGCACCCAGGCUCCUCCAUCCCCUCCACAAACAAACCCCUGCACUUCAACACUUCCAUUGCCAACCUGGUUAUCCUGAGAGGAAAAGAUGUGCACAGCGCAGACUUGGGAAGUUUCCAGGAUCCCUCAUUAUACACAUCAUGGCUAAACCCUCAGGAUGCUUUUAAUGCAUGGAAAACACCCAGAGCAUUUAACAAGUAUGAGAAGUCUGCUGCUUUGGUCAGCAACAGCCAGUUCCUGCUGAAACCUCUUGACAGCAUUGUAGGAAAAGCCUGGAAUAUGUUUGCUUCCAAAGCUUACCUUCACCAGUACACAAAGUUUGGGAUCCAAGAGGAAGAUUUCCUGGACUGCUUCACAACUCUGGAACAAGUUAUCUCCAGUUACACCAAUCUGUGAUUUCUUUGUUCAAAUGGUCUGAAAUAGAGAUUUUCUGAAAGAACCAAGCUGGAAAACCUUCCAUCAACUUCCUGAAUAUGUAAAUUAUUGUACUGGAGUUAUUUUUCAGUCUUAGGAGCAGAGUGUGUGUGUGUGUGUGUGG